GACAAAUUCAGCAUAUACCGCUCAGUUACUUGAAAAUAUAAUCAACCUAUACUUAACUAAAGAAAAUGCGCUAGUAAAGAAUUUAUCUUUUAUCUUGGAAAGUGUUGUCAAUCAUGAUCUACUUAAUGAAGUCUCAGCUUCUAAUGAAGAGAUGGCCAGCCUAUACAAAAAGUGGGUCACUCGUCUCAAUUCACUACUACAAUCGAAAAACGCAGCAGUGCGUCUGUGUGCCAUUACACUUAUACGAACAACAUGUGAAAGAUCGCAUACAUUACUGGUUGCCAAUGCCAAAAGCUGGUCUGCCCAACUUUUAGGUUUUAUCGGUAAAACAGAAGCUGAUGCUAUCCAUAAAGAAUCUAUUGAGGCACUUAAUUACAUAUUUGGCUAUACACACGACAAACCUGAACUGCAUAGAGAAGUAGCCACGCCUAAUAUGCCGCGAUAUAAUCAACUUUUGUUACAACUAGCUCAGAAAGAAGCAUUAUUGCCGACUGUACUUUCUGCAUUAACAGCCAAUAAUGCUCAGUUUCCUUCCAACAGUAAACAUAUUGCUGAGCAAACACUUCAGCUUUGUCUGUCAUGUUUGGAUGGAUCAAGAGAUCUGGACCAGGUCAUAGCUCAAAGGGCCAGCAAGUGUUUAGCAUCGCUGUACAGAACAGGAAAUAAAGCUACCAUGGCCGAUCAAUGGAGAGAUAUGCUAUUGCGACUUAUUGGAUCUGUGCACCAGUGCCUAAACCGACUCUUUGAUACAGUUGAUGAAGGUAAAUAUCGGACCGACACAUAAAACAUACUAAUGAUCCGGUUAGAAUCUUUUGAAUUCGACGCAUCCUCUAGCUAUCCUUUCCGUUCUGUGGAGAGAGACUAUGUUGAAGCCUUCCCUCUUCUUUUGAAACGAGUUCAGUUGCUUCAGGACUCUAUUUCUACAUUUUUGACGUAAGAACAUUAGAAAUCAAGUCAAGAUGAUGUCUAACACAUUGUAUAGAACUGCUACCCAUGUGCCUGUUCGUGUUCCUGUAGUGCAAUUGGUUGAUCUUUU